UGCCCCGGAGACAGGUGUGCCAUUUGCUGUCAUGUUUAAGGAUACAUGGGUUCGAUGGAGAACAUGAAAAAUGCAGCAAGACCGUACCUCUGUAUUUGACCGUAUAUAAAGUCCUCAUUAUAAAACUGAGAAUGAAAAGUAUGCCCACCUGUCUAAAUGUGCUCAGAAGGAUGAGAGGGGAGUGAUGAUGGCAAAGAAUAAGGAGCCGCGUCCCCCAUCAUAUACUAUUAGUGUUAUAGUAGGAUUGUCUGGAACUGAGAAGGAUAAAGGAAACUGCGGUGUUGGGAAGUCGUGCUUAUGUAACCGAUAUGUCCGCCCAACGGCUGAUGAAUAUCACCAUGAACACACCUCUGUUCUUAGCACAAUCGAUUUUGGCGGACGUGUCGUUAACAAUGACCACUUUUUGUAUUGGGGUGACGUAAUACAGAUAGGUGAAGAUGGAGUUGAUUGCAAACAUCAUAUUAUUGAACAGACAGAGUUCAUAGAUGAUCAGACUUUCCUUCCACAUCGAAGUACAAACCUUCAGCCCUACAUAAAGAGGGCAGCAGCUUCAAAGAUUCAGUCAGCGGAGAAACUAAUGUAUAUUUGCACAGACCAACUUGGCCUGGAGCAGGACUUUGAGCAAAAGCAAAUGCCAGAAGGAAAGCUGACUAUAGAUGGCUUUGUUCUAUGCAUUGACGUUAGCCAAGGAUGCAGUCGAAAAUUUGACGACCAGUUAAAGUUCAUCAAUAACCUCUACGUGCAAGUAGUAAAAGCAAAGAAGCCUAUUAUCAUUGCAGCAACCAAGUGUGAUGAGUGUGUCGACCACUAUUUGAGAGAAGUUCAAGGCUUUGCUUCAAACAAGAAAAACCUAAUUGUUGUAGAAACCUCCGCCAGAUACAAUAUAAAUGUUGAGACCUGUUUCACAGCACUAUUUCAAAUGCUGGACAAAACGCGAAGUAAACCCAAGAUCAUUCCUUACCUGGAUGCAUUUAAAACGCAUAGGCAGAUUGUUGCCUCUGCUACUGAUAAAUUUGAAAAACUUAUUGUACAAACAGUGCGUGAUUACCAUGCAACUUGGAAAACUGUUAGUAAUAAAUUAAAAAACCACUCAGAUUAUGAAAAUUAUAUUAACUUAGAGGGAACCAUGAAAGCAAAGAAUACAUUCUCCAAGCACAUAGAACAGCUAAAACAGGAACACAUUCGAAAAAGGAAGGAGGAGUACUUAAAAACACUACCAAGAACACUCAAUACACUGCUGCCAAAACUUGAGGAGAUAGAAGAUUUAAACUGGGCAGAAGCUCUUCGGCUUCUAGAGAAGAGACCUGACUUCAGCCUUUGGUUUAUAAUGCUGGAAAAGACUCCUUGGGACCAGUCAGAUCACAUUGACAAUGUAAAUGACAGAAGGAUUCCUUUUGAUCUUCUCUGCACGUUAGAGGCUGAGAGAGUCUAUCAAAACCAUGUCCAAAACUUGGUUUCUGAAAAGAAGAGAUUAGAAAUUAAAGAGAAAUUCAAAAAAACACUUGAAAAGAAACUGUUUAUUUCCCCUGGUCAGCCAUGGGAGGAGGUUAUAGGUUUUGUUUUCGACGAUGAAGCUUACAAGUUCAUCAGUGAGGCCGAUUGUAUAGUGGUAUACCGCAAGCACCAGCGGGAAAUUAUAGAAAAAGCCAAAGAGGAAUUUCAAGAGAUGCUUUUUGAGCACUCUGAGUUGUUUUAUGACCUAGAUCUUAAUGCUACACCAAGCACUGAUAAAAUGAGUGAAAUUAAUGCGGUCCUUGGAGAAGAACCUAGAUAUAAAGCUUUGCAAAAGCUUGCAACUGACAGAGAAUCUCUUCUUCUUAAACACAUAGGAUUUGUUUAUCACCCUACCAAGGAGACUUGUCUUAGUGUCCAAAGCUGUAUGGACAUUAAAGUGGAACAAGUUCUUGCCAACAGUCUCUUGCAAUCAAAUCUUGGCCGUCUGAACAUGUAUCAAGAUGGUACUAACCUCGACAAAGUUAACCUACUAAUUCUUGGGAAAGACAGUCUGGCUCAAGAGAUGGCCAAUGAAAUAAGGACCCAGUCAACAGAUGAUGAGUUUGCACUAGAUGGAAAAAUUUAUGAAUUAGAUUUGAGAGCAGUGGAUGCUAACUCUCCUUAUCUUUUUAGCCAGUUAUGGACUGGAUUUAAGCCACAUGGGUGUUUCUGUGUGUUUAGCUCUAUUGAGUCACUUAAUUUUAUAGGUGACUGUAUUGGCAAAAUUAGAUGCGAGGCCCAGGCAAGAAGAGAUAAGGAUUUUGCAAGCCUUCCAUUCACAUUAAUUUUAGCCAACCAGAGAGAUAGUGGCAGCAAAAACCUGCCAAUCUUGAGACAUCAAGGACAGCAGCUGGCAAAUAAACUCCAGUGCCAUUUUGUGGAUAUACCUGCUGGCACAUUCCCACGUAAAUUUAACGAAGCUCAAAUAAAGCAAGCUCUUAGGGGAGUACUAGAAUCUAUUAAGCACAAUUCAGAUAUUGCAAGCCCUGUUCCGGCUAUUAAAGACCUUUCAGAAGCAGACUUAAGAAUUGUAAUGUGUGCCAUGUGUGGGGAUCCAUUCAGCGUGGAUCUUAUUCUUUCUCCCUUUUUAGAAUCCCGCACUUGCAGUGCUGCCCAGCCUGGCCAAAAUAAUUCUCUGAUGCUUGAUAAAAUCAUUGGUGAAAAACGAAGGCGGAUUCAGAUAACCAUUUUGUCAUACCAUUCUUCUAUUGGUAUUCGAAAAGAUGAGCUUGUCCAUGGGUAUAUUCUAAUUUAUUCAGCAAAACGAAAAGCAUCUAUGGGAAUGCUUCGUGCUUUUCUUUCAGAAGUCCAGGACAGUAUUCCUGUUCAGUUGGUAGCUGUAACAGACAGCCAAGCAGACUUCUUUGAGAAUGAAGCCAUUAAAGAAUUGAUGACUGAAGGAGAGCACAUUGCCACUGAAAUUUCUGCAAAGUUCACAGCUUUAUAUUCACUGUCUCAGUAUCAUCGUCAGACAGAGGUUUUCACACCAUUCUUCAGUGAUGUUUUGGAAAAGAAGACUUCCAUUGAAAAUUCUUAUUUGGCAGAAAGCAGUAGGGAGCCAGGUCAGCCUUGUGAGGAUGUUUUUCUUCAUUCACCCCGUGGAAACUCGCCAGCAUACAGUUGCUACCCAGAUUCUGAGGAUGACUCGGAAGCCCCCCCUCCAUACAGUCCCAUUGGGGACGAUGUGCAACUGCUGCCAAAGUGUAAUUUGGAUAAUGAAGGGAAUGAGUAUCCCACACAUAGCACUCCGUUAAAUUGCCACGAUCAUGAGCGCAACCAUAAAGUGCCUCCCCCAAUAAGACCCAAGCCAGCUGGACCCAAGUCAAAAGUAAAUAGGCUAGACCCAAAUCUUGUGAAAACUAUUGAAGCUGGUAUUAGUAAAAACCCAAGAAAGCAAACUUCUCGCUUUCCUUUGGUGCACCCAGAAGAUGCUGAUUCAUCUGAAAACUACGCAGAGCCGGUUGACACACUAUUCAAAUCCAAAGAUUUUAUCAAUGACAUCUACGCAGUACCUGAUGACAGUCAAAACCACCACUUAAAAAUGCCCCAUUUAUUCCCCAAUGCAAAAGGAGAUGAAGAAAACGGUAUUUCUGAUCGACCGAGAGGCCAGGGAGAGAGAAGGCCAUCAAAAUAUAAGUACAGGUCAAAGACACUAUUCAGCAAGACAAAAUUGUAUACCUAUCGACGAAGCCAUUCAGAUGCCAGUGAUGAGGAAACUCUUCCCAUCACUGGAAUCGUUGGAAAGGAUAGAAAGUGGAAACCAACGCAUAGGCCAAGUGAAGAAGAUCCUCUUCUUUCCCCAGUUGACACUUGGAAGGGGGGUAUCGAUAAUCCAGCAAUCACUUCUGAUCAGGAGCCGGAUGAAAGAAAAACAAAGAAGAAGCCACCUAAAGUGAAAGAAGACAAGAAGAAAAAGAAGACCAAGCCUUUUAACCCACCGACACGGCGGAACUGGGAGAGCAAUUAUUUUGGCAAGCCCCUUCAGGACCUGGUGACUCCAGAGAAGCCUAUUCCAGUCUUUGUAAAGAAAUGUGUGGACUUCAUUGAGGACUCAGGACUGGGUACAGAAGGUCUGUAUCGUGUGAGUGGCUAUGUACAUAUAUAA